ACGUAAUCAGAAGUCUACAGACUUUUAAAAUAGUAACAGUGUUUAACAAAAUUGCACUAGAAUAAUUUGAUCCGAAUACGAGUGAUUCCUUCACAGUAGUUUACUAAUUUCAAACUACUUUUAAAGUAAUGACCUAGUGCAAAUAGGAUUUACACAACCAUCUACAGACUUUUACAGACAUUUUAAUUAUUCUUCUACAGACAUUUCACAAAAAUAUGUGGCAUCGCUGGUGAGCCGUGAUCAACAUGACACUUCUGUAACUGUAUCAUAUCUAUUGUUACUACUUUAGUAGUAAAUAUAAGUUUUUAUUGCCGAAUCCUAACUUUGGAACAAAAAUCACUGAUAUGGAGUCUUCGGCAGAAUUCCAAGAAGAAAUUAAACGCCUCCGUUGCCGUUUAUGUUUCCAUGCAGGUAAUAACUGCCAGCUAGUAGAAGUUUUUAACAAACACCAGGAUAUAUCGAAACGAGUUAUCAGUGCUUUAGGUGUAAAGAUCAAUCGCAGCGAAAAGCAGGCAAAAAUUUGCACAAUUUGCGAAACACUGAUCGACAUUAUUCAGAGCUUCCAGGCAGUAUGUAAGCAAACUAAUCAACUACACCAUGAUCGGAAAGAUUUCAUAUUGUAUGACACUUUCUGGACUAGUCAGGAGCAAAAUGCAGUAAAAAUCACGGAAAAGAUGAUUCUUACCCAUCGCUCGGAGGUUGACAAAACUAUUAGCGGAACCAUCGUUAUACCUGUAUCCGAAAAAAAUGAAAUUGAGCGACCCGUAAAUAUUGUAACUGGAGAGAAGCAUGUAUCUGAACCAACGGCUGUUAAAAAUGAACAGUGCGAAUUGUUGAAGCCGGAAAUGGUUCUUUGUGAAUCGCCCGUUAAAGACGAAUCGUGCCAGAACGAACCUGUGCUAUCUGUAGAAAAACUUCAAUCGGAAUUGAAUGAACCAAUUGCUAGAUAUAACGAUGAAGAAGUAGAUGAUUCUGACUUCAAAUAUGACGAAUAUGCUUCGACUUUUUCAGAUGAUCCGGAAAUUGACUGCGAUUCAAAGAAAAGUAUGCCAAAGGGGCGUAGAAAAAAAGUACACUCUAAGUCAUCUCUUGAAGACGAAUUCAUGCAGAAAGCCAACGAGUCCAGGGAGGAUAAAGUGCCUCGCCAGAGAAGAAGGAAAAGCCAUUACACUAUUGAAUAUGAACCAUCUGAUGAUGAGCGUGAACCUAAAAUUCCGGGAAAACGUGGACCUCGUCGAAAAAAGAUACGUAAAUCAGACCCAAGCGUGUGCGAUAUUUGUGGUCAAACGGUUGCCCAUUUUGUGAAGGAGUCGCAUCGCAACCAGCAUCUCGGAGUUCGACCGUACAAGUGCGAUUACGAAGGUUGUGGGCGCUCCUAUUUUUCACAAAAUGAUCUCCGGACACACAAUAAACGACAUCAGAUAACGUAUCAUGUUUGUGAGAUUUGCGGCAGGAACAUUAAAGGAGUAGAGUGGUUCCGACGGCACGUGAAAACUCAUACCGAGGGUCCUCAGUUCACUUGUGAAGCAUGUGGAAGUAAAUUUCGCAGAAAAGCUCAGCUUCAGACACAUAUGGUCACGCACACCGGUCUAACCCCUCACGAAUGCAAAAUUUGUGGAAAACGCUUUGCCUUAAAGUAUAAUUUGGAUUCCCAUAUUAAACGACACGAGAAGAAGGAAGGCACUGAAAAAUAUGAAGAUAAGAAAGACACCGCUGAGAAGCGUACGUGGAAGUAUUACGUGAAAUCGGACAAUUCUGGGGAAAAACAUCAUGUGACUUGUGAAACAUGUGGAAAACUAGUUCAUAAGCGGGAGAUCGAAGGUCAUGUGAACAAACACCUGGAUCGCCGUCCCUAUUCUUGUGAUGAAGCAGGCUGUACACUCGCCUUCUAUGGUCUACGAGGAAUCAAGGAACACAAAAUGGUAGUCCACUCGGAUAAGAUUCUUCGUUAUGAGUGUAGUAUUUGCAACCGAUCCAUCAAAGGAGCAGGUACAUUUAAACGACAUGUGAUGAUGCAUAAUUCAGACAUGAAAGUAGAAUGCCAAUACUGUGGAAAGAAGUUCACAUCUAAGAGUUAUCUCAAAGCUCACGAACAAAAACAUUCAGGUGAACGUCCAUACGUUUGUGAAAUAUGUGGAAGGUCGUUUGCAAUGAAACCAUGUUGGAAAAUGCAUAUGAAAACAGUACACAACCAAGACCGGCGUGAACUAACCCGGGUUCGCAAAAACGGGCCGACUGAAACUACUGAACAACAUGCAGUAGUAGUCCAUAAUGAAUCGUUACUGCCAGAACAACCACUGUCGUUGAAUCCACCAAUAUCUGAUCAACAGCAAGCACCAACGAUUAUUCCAGUAAUAUCACACUACCCUGCAACAAAUUCAGUGAGAACUGAUUAUUCCUAUUGAAUUGUCGAAUGUGUAGACAUAAGUAAAUAAUUUUAUUUUUUUAAAUAUACGUCCCACAUUAAACUGGGUGGUUCAAGCAUACAAAACGUGUUGUAUCACAUGGAAACAUUUUUGUACAAAUUUGUAAUCCUUGAAACCCAGAAUUCCCACCGUUCGACAAAUAUUUUCUAGUACAACGUGGGUUCUGCUUGGACCUUACGGUAGGCUAUGAAUACUUUAUGAUAAUUGGAAUUGUUCUUGCAUAGGCUGCCUUGGAAUUGUUCUUGCAAAGACUGUUUUUGCAACAAUGCCGAGAAAAGUCUGUGUUUUGUGAAUCCGAGCUAUAACAGGUAUUUUCACGCUUCCGUUGUACUGCUACAAGUAUUGUCGCGUGUUGCCUACUUGAAGGCGAUUUACUGGUGGUGAUGAACAUC